GUCGGCUCUCGCCGAAGGGCUGUCGUCUGCUAGACACAUGCUGGAAAUUGGCGGGCCGCAGCUGACGACGUCAGGCGCUUUAAUCGUGUAAAUAAAUUGUACAUAAGCGCAAAACCUGCCGAGCGAAAAUCGUGGCUCGACGGCGCGAGCGAUUUCUGUGAUGCCGAAGCGGCAUUUUUGUUGAAUUGUUAAUAUUGUACGGAAAAUGUACAGAAGCCCCGUGUAAAUAAGGUUAUAUUUUACACUUGAUUGUGUGAAAGCAGACUGUGUGGCUCAGUAAGAACUUGGAGUAUAUCUUGGUAGAAACAUGGAGCACGAAGACAGCGAUUGCGAUCUGGACAUCCUGAAUAAUCUCAUAUCAAAUGACACCGAGGAGGCCGAGCGAUCCAAGCAGCUCGGAGGACCCCAGCCGCCCGAACAGCCCGAGCCGAGAAAGACUCUGACGGAGCUGCAGUUCAGCUUCCUAGACUCGACGCCUAGUAACGUGGGCAACGAGAGUAAACCAGCCGGCGAGAAAGCCAGCGAGAUUUACGACGACAAGCUCGACUCCUCCGACGACGAGGACAGGCGCUACUUCGAGGAGCAAAAGUACUCGGAUUAUGGGCGGGAGAUGAAACGGUUGCUGAAGGAGCGCUCUCCGCCCAAGUCGGAGCAGCCUGCGAAGUUGCGGAGCGAAAAGACUGUUAGUCUCAACGGUAGCAAGAGUAAGACGUUCGACUUCAACAACGCCGCAAAGGGUAGCGGCAACAGCACGGCGAGAGACGUGUACAGCGACCCCUUCUUUGGGAUAAGAAUCGUCAAUCCCCUGGUGUCCUCCGCCGAGUUGAGAGAACGUAUGAAAGAUAAGGCAGCCGUAACGGUGUCGAGAGUGAAGAGCCACGUUAUUUCCGACAAUGUGCACAACGACUGGGUGAUCGCCGGCGUGCUGAUCAACAAGUCGGCCACGAAGACCUCGCAGAAGGGCAGCUCUUACUGCAUCUGGAAGAUGAGCGACCUGUCCGACGACCUGAAGACCGUGUCGAUCUUCUUGUUCAGCAACGCCUACAAACAACUGUGGAAGACCGUUGUCGGCAGCGUGAUCGGUAUUCUCAAUCCGAACGUGCUCGAGAGCAAGGACAACGUCGACCAGGCGACGCUGUCGAUCGACAAUCCCCAGAGGCUGAUGGUCCUCGGCAGGUCCAAGGACAUGGGCAAGUGCAGGUCGACCAAGAGGAACGGCGACCCGUGCACCGCGGUCGUGAACGCGAGUCGAUGCGAGUACUGCGUCUACCACGUAAAGCAGGAGUACAAGAAGUGUGCGCGCCGGCCGGACGUGCAGUCGAGCAACACCAGCUACGGGUUCACCGGGGACGCGAUAAAACGCAUGAACAGGCAGACCGCCGCGCGGCCGCCUCGCAACGGAUUGGCGUCGUUCGCGCCGGUGCUGGCCAGACGCAACGAGGAGCUGUACGAGAAGGACCGUGCGCGUUUGGAAUUACUGUCCGAGGCCGCUUCCGACACCGGUAACAAAAGAGGGAAAACUGACUCGGGCUGCGAGCCGAGCAACGUGAGCGCUGGGAAGAAAGCGAUAGCCAUCGAGCUGACGAACAAGCAGUCGAGGAAGGAUUUCGAGCGACUCGGCAAACUGAGGAACUGGCAGUCCUCGAAGCAGCUCAUGGUACAAUCGACGCCUGCUGGGCCGAUUUUGUGUCCCAGCCCAGCGCGAUUGAAAGAGAGUAAUCCCGCGCCGGGCAAACCUACGAGCGGUCGCACAGGCGAGAUCAGUUUGGCCUCUCCGGCUUCGCGCCCGCGACUGGGAGCGGGAUGUAAUCGGGACACGAUAGACUUCUCCGAGCCGAUCACCAAACAGCACAUUCGCAACGCCAAGAUGAACGCGAUCAAGUGGGUGCAGGCGCACGGAGGGAUCCAAGCGAAGAACCCCAAUCAGGUCCGCGCGAGCCCGAGGGAAAGGGUGGAGAAGACCGCGAAGCGGCAGAGGGAAAGCGACGAGAGGGAGGAGCGGAGCGCGAAAAAGGCCGACGUGAACGGGAGAUUCAAGGAGAUGCUGGAGGCAAGGUCCUCGCACGCGGAUCUGAUCGAGAGAUCGUACGACGAGGCGAAGGAGAGGUACUUCGACAAGCUGGAGGCGAAGGAGAGGAUGGAGGAGAAGAUGAUCAACACCUUCAAAGUCGACUGCAAAGCCGUCAAGUGCGCGGUGUGCAAGUACACGGCGUUCUCGGCGUCGGACAUGUGCAAGGAGCAGAGACACCCGUUGCGCGUCAUCGACGCCGUUAAGAGAUUCUUCAAGUGCGCCGAUUGCGGCAACCGAACAGUCAGCCUGAACCGCAUGCCGACGCGCAGCUGCGCCAAGUGCAGCGGCUCGAGCUGGGUCAGGGCGGCGAUGAUGGACGAGAGGAAGACCGCUAUCGCCGCGGAGACCCUGUCCAUACGCGGCGCCGAGGAAAAGUUCCUGGGCUCGGUGGCGAGAGACGCCAACCUCGAUCUGCUCGUCCCGGAGGAUUGACAAGACCAGUCAGGUUGCUGGCAACAUAUUUUGUCAAAUGCACGCUGUAAAUGUCUAUGGAAGAUAGAAAGAAAAAGACAGUCGAUUAGAAUGCAAAUUGGUGCCACGUUUGUGCGCAGUACGAAGUAUUAUAUUUAUACAAAAUAAAUGCAAAUGAUGCCGAGUUGUGCUACCGUUGCCUGUGAAUCAGUUUGAAAAGUAUUAUUUUUAAUCUGAAGAAGCUAGAACUUUGACAAUUGGUAGAACUUGCCGUCUGAAUUAAUGUCCGACCUCUUAAAUUGCCGUCGGCUAAAUAAGGAGACGUGAAUUUUGCUAACCGCGACUGAUACUUACUCCUAUAUUUUAUAUCGUAGAAUCUACAAAUGCAGAACAUUCGAUAUCCUUUUGUUUAUUGUCAGUAUUAUCAGUUUUUCUUUUCUUCAUUUUUUUUCACCUUAUGAAAUGUACAAAUAUAAAGAAAUCCUAAGAGUGUACCUCUUGCACAUUUCCGAAAUGAAAUACAUCGAAUUUCUCUCUCCGUCCGAAAUGUACACAGCGAGCAGAAACGUUUUGAUAUACAGCCAGGUACAACAAUCGUAUAAAAAACACCAUGCCGUCUCGACUACGUUCUUCAUUAAAUUACGUUCGUUUGGGAUUUACGUUUAGGCUGAGGUAAGUCAUCGCCGUCCUCCUGUUUUCUCGUGGCGAGAAAAGCACUCCUCCUUCCCCUCUUUACAAGCGAGAUACGAACUGUCUAAAUGAAGGUGGACAUCAGUAAGUUUCUAAAUAUGAAGAACUGUGAUUGGGGUCCGGAAGCAUUGCGUUGACAUAAACCACCGCGAGUCAAGCUAUUUGUA